AUGGAUGUCGGGGGCGGUGGUCGUGGAACCAAGGAACCACUCCUCAUUGACGCGGUCAUUGGCAAAGUGGUAAAACGCAACCGUCGGAACUUCUCCGCCGCCUGGAUAGACUACAGAAAAGCAUUCGACUCGGUGCCCCAUGCAUGGCUAAAGAGGGUCCUCGAGCUGUACAAGAUUGACUGUACAGUUAGAGACUUCCUCGAGCAGUGUAUGGGGCAGUGGAGUACGAUCCUCUGUUAUCAGGGCGAGCGGAUGAUGGCUGCGGAGAACCACAUAAGGAUAAGAAGGGGUAUCUUCCAGGGCGAUUGUCUGAGUCCAAUCUGGUUCUGCCUCUCUCUGAACCCUCUCAGUACCUUACUGGAGGGCUCCGGGAGAGGAUUUCAGCUACGGAAAGGAGGAACAAAAGUGACCCACCUUUUCUAUAUGGAUGACCUCAAGUUAUUCGCCUCCAGUCGCUCCCAUCUUAUGGAAUUGCUAAACAUCACUUGUGAAUUUAGCAAUUCCAUUGGAAUGGAGCUGGGGACGGAUAAGUGUGCGGUCCUUCAUGUUGAAAGGGGAAGGGUUGCUAACUCUGAGGGCAUAGAUUUAUCUAUGCCCGUCAACUUAAAGACCCUUUCCGAGGCUGAAACAUACCGAUACCUGGGUAUGUCACAGAACAUCGGUAUCGAUGAGGCUGGUAUGAAACAGUCAGUUUGCGACGUGUUUUAUGCACGCUUGACCAAAGUGCUUAACAGCCUUUUGUCCGGUGUGAAUAAGACACACGCAUAUAACGGUUGGGUCAUGCCUGCCCUCAUAUAUACCUUUGGCAUACUCAGGUGGACUCAGACCGAACUUAACGCCCUGGAUAGAAAAGUCCGCACUACCAUGACGUCCCAUAGGAUGCAUCAUCCGAGAUCGUCGGUAAUGAGGCUGUACUUGCCGCGAAAGCAUGGUGGGCGUGGCUUCUUGAGCGCGCUCACCAUGCAUAAUCGCGAAGUGUGCAGCCUCCGUGAUUACUUCCUGGCGAGAUCUGAUGAUCCAUUCUAUAAUGACGUCAUUUCUUGUGAUAAAGGGCUUACCCCUCUAUCCUUAGCCCACGAGCAAUGGCAGGACCCGGCAGUGCUGAGCAUUUCCGACCGGGAGACCGUAUGGAAGGAGAAGGAGCUCCACGGGAGGUUCUACAAGGCUCUACAUGAGCCCUUCGUAGACACAGUCGCCUCCCUCCACUGGCUACGCUUCGGUGACCUCUUCGGGGAAACCGAGGGUUUUGUCUGUGCAAUACAGGAUCAGGUUAUUAAGACCAACAACUAUCGGAGAUACAUCCUAAAGGAUGGCACCGUGGACAUCUGUCGAGCUUGUCGCCAUCCCGGUGAGUCACUUAGGCAUGUCAUCUCCGGUUGUUCGGCGCUUUCUAACUCUGAGUACUUGCACAGGCACAACCUAGUAGCCAGAAUUCUUCACCAGGAGCUCGCUCUGAAAUACGGUCUCGUGGACCGGAAAUUGCCGUAUUACAAGUACUUGCCGGAAGCCGUGCUCGAAAAUGACCGCGCCAGGCUCUACUGGGACCGGGCCAUCAUCACAGACAGGACUAUUCUUGCGAAUAAGCCUGAUAUUGUGCUGAUGGACCGGGCACAGUCAAGGAUAUUUUUGGUCGACAUUACCAUUCCGUAUGACGAGAACCUCGUGAAAGCCGAAACAGACAAGCAAACAAAAUAUCUGGACCUGGCUCACGAGGUGACCGACAUGUGGGGUGGUCUGCCGACCGAAAUUAUUCCUGUAGUCGUCUCUGCAAACGGGCUAAUCCCAGUCAGCCUCUCGGGUCAUCUGAGGGACUGGGACUACGUGGCGGACCGCUCCGGGCUCAAAUGCAGAAGGCGGUGCUCCUCGAUACCGCCCGCAUCGUCCGCCGGUUUCUUUCCCUUUCCCCCUAACCCUCGGCCGUUUGGUCCCCCUGCCGAGGGCUUGCAUCUGGUUGGGCUUUUAUUUCAUAAUCAUAUCAUCAUAAACACUCACGCCUGUCACCCAGAGGGGUAG